AGCAGACGGCGAGCUGACUGCAGCAAUGAGGAUGGGAGUGAGCGCUGAGCCGCUUCCAUUUAAGUAGUUGGUGCUGGACGGUCGCCGCGUGAGUGAGUGAGAGGAAGAGGUGGGGGUGUUUGAGACCGGCAGCUAUGGAGUCCGAUCGCUGAGAGGUGGGGAACAAAGUGAAGGGGAAGCGAGAGAGAGAGAGGCCCGCCGGAGAGCUGCUGUAGAAAGCGGGGCCUCACUUCACCCAAUGCCCGGGGCCAUGGAGAGAUUUCUGAGCGAGGGCAAGGGACGGGGUCUGAAGGCUGGGAAAGACUUUGGCAUAGGAGAGCUGGUCUUCACAUGCCCAGCCUACACCCAUGUCCUGACUGUCAAUGAACGGGGAAAUCACUGUGAAUUCUGCUUCGCUCGUAAGGAGGGUUUGGCAAAGUGUGGUCGUUGUAAACUAGCAUUCUACUGCAAUGUAACCUGUCAGAAAGCUGACUGGCCGAUGCAUAAACUGGAAUGUUCUUCCAUGAGCAAAUUUGGACAGAAUUGGAACCCCUCAGAGACAGUCAGGCUGUUGGCAAGAAUCCUGGUCAAACAGAAAAUGCACCCAGAGAAAACACCUUCAGAGGAAUUAUUAGCUGUUAGUGAGUUUGAAUCACACCUAGAUAAAUUGGAUAAUGAAAAACGAGAGUUGAUUGAGAGUGACAUUGCUGCCCUUCAUCAUUUCUACUCUAAGCACUUUGAUUUUCCUGACCGGGCUGCCUUGAUUGAGCUAUUUGCUAAGGUCAACUGUAAUGGAUUCACAAUUGAAGAUGAAGAACUGUCUCACUUGGGUUCUGCUAUCUUUCCAAGUGUUGCUCUGAUGAAUCACAGCUGUUGCCCGAAUGUGAUUGUGACCUACAAGGGGACAACUGCAGAGGUCAGAGCUGUUAAGGAGAUAAGCCCUGGAGAAGAGAUUUUCACCAGCUAUAUUGAUCUGCUGUAUCCGACUGAAGACAGACAAGAUCGAUUAAGGGAUUCCUAUUUCUUUACUUGCGACUGCAGAGAAUGUGCAACAAAAGCAAAGGAUAAAGAAAAGUUGGAGAUUACAAAAUAUGGUGAACCGCCAAAGCCAGAGGUCAUCAAGGAAAUGAUUAAAUAUGCUCGGAAUAUAAUUGAAGAGUUCAGGAGAGCUAAGCACUACAAAACCCCUAGUGAGCUGCUGGAGAUCUGUGAGUUAAGUCUGGACAAGAUGGGCUCGAUCUUUGAGGAUAACAAUGUCUACAUGCUGCACAUGAUGUAUCAGGCCAUGGGAGUCUGCCUGUAUAUGCAAGACUGGGACGGAGCUCUACGUUAUGGUCAAAAAAUAAUCAAACCUUACAGCAGCAAACACUAUCCAGCAUAUUCCCUAAAUGUUGCCUCAAUGUGGCUGAAACUGGGACGGUUAUAUAUGGGCCUGGAACACCAUUCUGCUGGAGCCAAGGCACUGAGGAAGGCAUUGGCCAUUAUGGAAGUGGCGCAUGGCAAGGAUCAUCCAUAUGUUCUUGAAAUUCAAAAAGAGCUGGAGGAAAAAUGAAUGUUUUCCUGAAAUGCUUCAUUUACAGUCAUAAUGUGAGACUGAAUGAUGGUGUCCGUCAACAAACUGAUCAUUUGAAAUAUUUCUUCAUAUCUGCAUCGACCAGUCUCAGAAUAAUGGCAUGAAGGUCAAAGGAAUGCUGUUUUUAUUUUUGUUCUGUUUUUAAUAUUUAAAUGCAUAUUACAAUAAAAGUAUUGUAAAAGCGUU